CGAGCAGAAAGUGAGAAAACCGUAAAUGCAGCCCAUCUGGAUGACAAGACUCGUCUGGACAUCAUUGCCGAGAAGUCGCGUUUGAUAACCUCAUCUGUUUACCGAAUCCUCGAUGAUCUUUACGAACGAACUUGUCUUCGAGAGCCAACCACACAGAACGAACGCGCCUUCGUGCAAUUGUACGGCGAGAAACUGCAGGCGGUAUUUGAGCAAUCGCGGGCCAAUAGAAAAAGUCCAGAGAAGUCAUGGGCGCCUUUCAAACACAUGUUGGGAAUACUGCUGCAAAAGAACUCUCGCCGUGGUGGUCAUUCUUUGCAAAUGCCAGAAAUUUCUCCCAUUCUCAGCGAGUUGUCGAAGAGCAACAUCCCAAUCCCUGGCCAGGAGAAUAUCGAAUUCAGCGAAGUGGUGACGAUUGACCGUGUUCUCAAGAACGCGUUAGUCUUGCCGACGAAGACGAGGCCAAAAAAGAUCGCGUUCAUCGGCAGCGAGGGGAAAGAGCAUAUGUUCCUGUUCAAAGGCCAGGAAGAUCUUCAUUUAGAUGAGCGAAUUAUGCAGUUGUUGCAUAUUUGUAAUCUUAUGCUCGCUGGUAGUUCUUCUAGUCGAAGCUGGCCUCCAUACUGUGCUCGUCAUUAUGCUGUGACUCCUCUGGGAACUCGAUCAGGCCUGAUUCAGUGGGUUGGAGGUGCGACACCAAUGUUCCACAUUUACAGAAAGUGGCAGCUGAGACAGGCGCAAAUUAAACACUCCAUGGAGCGAAAGAAUGGUGUUCCUGCAACAACAGCUGCGCUAGACAUUGAUAGACCGACUGAUCUGUUCCAGAAGAAGAUGCGUGGUGUAUUUGCGGAUAAUAAUGUGGAAGCAGCAAUAAUCGCGGAUCGUUCUAAAUGGCCACACAAUCUACUCAGAGAGGUCUUCAAUUCUCUGGUGAAAGAAACACCCAAAGAUCUCAUCAGUCGCGAAUUGUGGAUGCGUGCUGGAAGUUGCGACACUUGGUGGCGUGUAGUGUGUCGAUAUGCGCGCUCAACAGCGGUAAUGUCAUUAAUUGGAGCUAUUCUGGGCCUUGGAGAUCGUCAUCUGGACAAUGUGCUCGUGAACCUCGAUCGAGGCGAUGUCGUUCAUAUUGACUAUAACAUCUGUUUUGAUAAAGGUCGCCAUCUUCGGGUACCGGAAACAGUGCCAUUCCGCCUCACUCAGAACAUCCUCCAUGCGCUGGGACCCUACGCAAGUUGA